AUGUUUCGCCAAACGUUACUCGCCCUGCUGUCCCUCGCACUAUUCAUUAGUCUUGCAACCGGCGCAGCAAUCACCACCUCGCACCUCCGACCCGAAUAUGAAAAGGCAUCAACUCCGAUCGAGACGGCGUCAUGGUCGGCCCAACCAGCGGAGUCCGAUAACAAAGUCUACGACCACGCCCUCGCCAAACGCGCUCCCUACUACUUCCCAGAAACAGUCCCAGACGCCGAGGAAAUUGCCAGCAGACUCACUUCCAUGCGCGAGGCUGGUUAUGUCGCAGACUCCCAAAUGCAAAAGUCAAUGGGAGUACCGGAGGCAGGGAUCGACCAUCACGCACGGAUACUUCCUUUCCGGGACUUGAUGACCGAGCUAUCGGCUCGUGCGGAGGCGUCCACGCCAAUCCCUCUGCCUCCCAUGGUCUUCUUUGUCUUCCUCGCGUGUGCUGCCUGCGUCGCCACAGUUUACCGAAAAAUUAACUGCAAGCACUGA